UAAAAAUUAACAUAGCAUCUCAAGAGUGUCCCAUAUCUACAUUUGUGUUGAUAAAAUUAAAGAGAACGCUGAACAUUUCUCUAAAACUCAUACAGAAGAGGCGUAGGUAGCAGUUGGUGUAUAAUUUUCUUCUAAUCAUAGCCAUAAUUAUUGUGCUGAGUGGUGUGGUGUAAUUCGUAAUAGCGACACUUACACUUGAACUAAAAUGCAUACUCUUUUCAUUCUACCAAAGAUGACAACAUGUUUGAAACGUCAACAAGUUUCAUUCCUCCGACAGAUUACCACAUCUUCUGAUGCUAUUGCCCGUUACCAUAUCUCACGCAAUGAAAUCAAACUUGCCCGUCGUGUGUUCGACCAAAUUCCUAAACCAACUGUUGUUUUGUGGAACAUGAUGAUCCGAGCUUAUGCUUGGGCUGGUCCAUUUCAACAAUCCAUUCAUCUGUACCAUCAAAUGUUGCAACUCCGCGUCACGCCCAACAACUUCACCUUCCCUUUUCUUCUCAAAGCUUGCUCCGCUCUACAAGAAUUACAACUUGGGAGACUCAUACAUUGCCAUGCCCACAUACUUGGUCUCACAAUGGAUAUCUAUGUUUCCACUGCUUUGCUUGACAUGUAUGCUAAGUGUGGCAAUUUGUUUCAAGCACAAACACUAUUUAAUACUAUGUCCCACAGGGAUAGGGAUGUUGUCGCAUGGAAUGCCAUGAUCGCCGCUUUUUCAUUUCACGCACUUCCCACUCAAACACUGCACUUGGUUACCCAAAUGCACCAAGCUGGGAUUGCUCCUAAUUCUUCAACUCUUGUAUCUAUUCUACCCACAAUUGGACAAGCUAAUGAACUACUCCAAGGGAAGGCUACUCACGCACUCUCUCUCAAGAAAUCCUUUUCUGACAGUGUCGUUCUCCAGACUGCACUUUUAGAUAUGUAUGCUAAGUGCCAUCAAUUAUCUUAUGCCAGGAAAAUCUUCAAUACCGUCAAUAACAAAAAUGAGAUAUGUUGGAGUGCUAUGAUUGGAGGUUAUGUACUUCAUGAUUGCAUGAGAGAUGCAUUGUCUCUUUAUGAUGACAUGGUAUGUAUAUACGGCUUGAACCCCACACCAGUCAUUCUUGCAACCAUGCUUAGAGCCUGUGCACAACUCACUGAUCUGAGAAGGGGGAAAAGCUUGCAUUGUCACAUGAUAAAGUCAGGGAUACACCUAGAUACAACAGUAGGAAACUCACUGAUAUCAAUGUAUGCCAAGUGUGCCAUUAUGGACGAUGCAGUGCGGUUCCUUGAUGAAAUGAUUGCAAAAGACUCUGUUUCUUAUAGUGCUAUUAUUUCAGGAUGUGUGCAAAAUGGCUAUGCAGAGAAAGCUUUACCUAUUUUUCGCCAGAUGCAGUCAUUUGGGAUUGAACCACAUUUGGCAACUAUUAUAGCUCUACUUCCAGCCUGUUCACAUUUGGCCGCUCUACAACACGGGACUUGUUGCCAUGGAUACACAGUUGUUCGUGGCUUCACUAAUGACACCUCCAUUUGCAACGCCAUUAUUGACAUGUACUCAAAGUGUGGAAAGAUUACUGUCAGUAGGGAGAUUUUUGAUAGGAUGCAAGAUAAGGACAUUAUUUCAUGGAAUACAAUGAUAAUUGGUUAUGGUAUUCAUGGGCUAUGCAUAGAAGCACUUUCACUAUUCCAUGAAUUACAGGUAUCCGGCUUCAAACCUGAUGACGUGACCCUUAUUGCUGUUUUAUCUGCAUGUAGCCAUUCGGGACUUGUCACAGAAGGGAAACAUUGGUUCAGUUCUAUGAGCCAAGGCUUCAACAUCAAACCAAGGAUGGAACAUCAUAUAUGCAUGGUUGACCUUCUGGCCCGAGCGGGAAAUUUGGAUGAAGCAUACACCUUCAUUCAAAGGAUGCCAUUUGUGCCUGAUGUUCGUGUUUGGGGUUCAUUACUUGCUGCAUGUAGGACCCACAAAAAUAUUGAAAUUGGUGAAGAAGUGUCAAAGAAGAUCCAGCUGCUGGGACCUGAAGGUACUGGAAAUUUUGUUCUUAUGUCAAACAUAUAUAGUUCUAUAGGAAGAUGGGACGAUGCAGCCCAUAUUAGAAGCAUACAAAGGCAUCGUGGUUACAAGAAAAGCCCGGGAUGCAGUUGGAUUGAGAUCUCUGGGGUAAUCCAUGCAUUUAUUGGGGGCCAUCAAUCUCAUCCACAAUCAGCAUCCAUAAACAACAAGUUGCAGGAACUGCUGGUGCAGAUGAAAAAAUUGGGAUAUCGUGCAGAUUCUAGUUUUGUUCUUCAUGAUGUUGAAGAAGAGGAGAAGGAGCAGAUUCUCCUUUAUCAUAGUGAAAAAAUAGCCAUUGCAUUUGGAAUUCUAAAUACUAGUCCCAACAACCGCAUUCUAGUUACGAAAAAUCUGCGGAUUUGUGUUGACUGCCACUCUGCAAUAAAAUUAAUUACCAUCUUAACAGAAAGGGAGAUAACAGUUAGAGAUGCAAGUCGGUUUCAUCAUUUUAAGAAUGGAAUCUGCAAUUGUCAGGAUUUCUGGUAAGAAAGAUCCAAAUGCGGACUACCAGGUCUGGUUUAAUCACCCACUGCCAUUGGCAAGUAGUCACUUUCUUGAACCACUUUCACUUAACCAGAUAGCUCAUCUAAAUGCCGACCAUGCCGAUCCAUAUGCUAGGGAAAUUAGAAUCAGAACUAGUGAGAAAAAAGCUUGCUCAAGUUGGAGCUCACAUCCUUCCAGCACUCUUGAAACCUGAUCCUUCACGUAAGGAAUCUUCACAUUGUUGCUUGUGGUCCUCGCCUUGGUGUGAUACCUGCCAGCAGUCCGACGCCCGAGAGGUUUCUAAGAUUUCUGAGGGCCUAGAACCCUCCAAUGUAGGAUCACUCUUCAAAUAAUAGACAAGUGUCAGAGUAUAAUUUGUUCUGCAAUAUAAUGAUCUUCCCGGUGUCCUAGAACCUUCCUUGGGGUUGUAGCGGAGGGUAGGACAUCUUUAUCCCACGUCACUAGCCUGACAUCGUAAUGGCGUGUCCAUUGAAACAAUGCCUUGGCUUAUCAGUUCGUUAUUGGGCCAUGUAUUAUUAGGCUGCAUAUGUUAUUGGGCCAUGAGUUUGUCUUGAUCCAGACGGGAACAAAACCUAUAUUUAAUUUUCCCAAUUUGAAGGGUACAGGACUGACUCACUCACUCUUGCUGUCAUUUGCCUACUUGAAGUUGGACAAUGAAAGCGUAUGAUAGAAUGUUAAAAGAGAUUUUCUAGAACGCCUUAGAAAAGAAAGGUGAUUAGAGUGGCAUUACAUUUUGUUUCUUAUUUCUCGAAGUCACCAAAUUGCCCCCAAUAAAUGAUAAAUAUUCAAAUGUAUAUAUUAUUUUUUUGGGUCUAA